AUAGUCUCUGCGCAUCUUCUUUCUCAAAUUCGCCGCGUUGCCAUCUCUGAAGACGAAGCACUCUGCCUCGCCUUUAACUCAGAGUAACCAUGGUUAAGCAUAACAAUGUCAUUCCAAAUGGUCACUUCAAGAAGCAUUGGCAGAACUAUGUCAAGACAUGGUUCAACCAACCUGCACGCAAAACAAGGAGAAGAAACGCUAGACAAGCAAAGGCUGUGAAAGAUUUUCCAAGGCCAGCUGGAAAGCUUCGUCCCCAGGUUCAUGGACAAACCCUGAAAUACAACAUGAAACUUAGGGAGGGAAGAGGAUUUUCUCUUGAAGAGCUUAAGGCUGCUGGUAUUCCCAAGAAGCUUGCUCCAACCAUUGGCAUUGCUGUGGAUCAUCGCCGCAGGAACCGUUCAUUGGAGGGUCUUCAAGCUAAUGUCCAGAGGCUCAAGACAUUCAAGGCUAAAUUGGUCAUUUUCCCAAGACGCGCAAGGAAGAUUAAGGCUGGUGACUCUACCCCAGAGGAGCUUGCAAGUGCUACACAGGUUCAAGGGUCAGUGUUGCCAAUUGUUAGGGAGAAGGCAGCUGCUGAGUUUGUGAAGGUGACUGAGGAAAUGAAGUCAUUCAGUGCUUAUUCCAAGCUGCGUGUUGAGAGGACAAACAAACGCCAUUUGGGUGCAAGGCUCAAGAGGGCAGCUGAAGCAGAGAAGGAAGAGAAGAAGUAGGGAGAGACUGUUUUUGGGUAUUAUCAUGGAAACUUAUGUUGAACCAAUUUUGGAUAUUGUUUUGUUUGAUAUGUUGACGUUGGGUAUUAUGUGUUUGGAAUUGUUAUGUUUUAGUUUUUGUAGCUGUGACAUGGCUUCAGUUCUGUUGGCUUAUUACCAAAGACAAAAUAGUAUGCUUUUCAUCUUCUAAACAAAG